AAAAAGCAGCGGCGAUCUUUUGUUGUGGUCCGUGAAGUGCAGAAAAACCUGUGGAUUAUAUAAAUAUGGCUGAGGUGAGACCAGGCAGCCAGCUGUCAGAGGCUGCUCAGUCUGAGCUGCUGGACCUGUGUGAGGAUCAGUUUGCUCAGCUGGAAAAGCUUCAGAAUGAGAUUAUACUGUGUGAACCAGAUUCCUGUGAGACUCCACAAGAUCAGUCAGUAAACAGACUGAUGGCAACAGAAGCUGAACUGAAGCAGUGGCUGACGGUGGAGCCCAAAUUGAUCGCACAAAAUUCUGAAAUUUUACUUCACGCUGGAAAAGAGGAAAUGCUGAAACUGUGUUCUGAGCUUGAGAUGGUUGUUUCUUGUUAUGAAGCCAAGAGAGACAAACUGAGAGAGACUAAAGAACUGGAACACAAGUGGCUUGAGGAGAAGAAAGACAUGCUGAUAGCUACCAGUGAGCAUGUUAACCGGAUUCAAAUGGAAAAGGAAAACUUAUCAGAGCAUAGUAUGCUGCAGGACACAAAAGCAAAAAUCCAGAAGAUGAAGGUCUAUCAGGAAAGGCUGAUGGAGUCGCUGGGUGAGAUCCUGGAGAAGCACGUUCCUCCUCCUCAGAAUGAAUCCAGUACAAGCAAGAAGAAAAGGAACAAUGCACUUGAGAUAAACAAGGACCUGGUUUUGCUCAAUGAAAUACUGGAGGUGCUCAUGAACAAGGUCCUGAACACACCACAUGACCCCUACGUGACAAUAGACGACACAUUCUGGCCGCCGUACGUAGAAAUGCUGCUCCGCUAUGGGAUUGCAGUGAGGCACCAGGAGAAUAACUUCAAGAUCCGCCUGGAAACCUUUUUCUAAGGCCUCUUAAGCACCUAUCUAUGAGUGGUUCUAAUUCAAGUCUGCUUGUGCAGUGCAGUCAAGCUGAUAUGAAGGCAAACUGUGCAGGGAAAGCAACACCACUAGCGAUUCACUGUAUCUAUUUGUGUAUCACAGUUGCAAACUGCAGAUUUUUUCAGUCGUUCAUUUAUGCCUUGAGUACUUUUUAGGUCUAGAUGUGUUUGUACAUACAGAAUAACUACGUGCAUUUUAUGAAGUCCAAGAAAACCCAAAUUUCAGUUCUAAGCAUAUCAAGAUUUAAUUCAGAUAUAUUUUUUACAUUGAAAUUUUUACUGUAUGUUGCAGUGGAACUUGGUUUAAUACUUCAUGGAUUGGAAAUUUUAUAGACUGAACAAAAACAUAAAUGCAGCAUACAAAUGGUCUGUUUUUAAAAUUCUUCUCUGAGGCAAAAAUCUUGUUUUUGUUGUUCUAAUUAGAGAAGGGUUCAGUAUAACUACUUGUGGACAAAAGGUUUUUGAGCUGUUCAGCUGGUGACAAAUUCUUGACUAGUGAGUUAAUCCACACCCUCUUUGGGUGUGUCUUUAUAAGGACAAUGAUCAGAUAGCAUGACCAGUGACUGUGAAAGGCCACCUAAAAAUGCAGUUUUAUUCUAAUAAAUACCACAGAUGACAGGACUAAGAUGAGAACCGGCUGUUGGUCUGUUGGAUGCUGACAGAUGUCAGUUAGGGCCGUAGUCAGAAACUUAAAUGUCCAGAAAUGCCUCAUUUGUUGUCUAAACAAAAACCUGAUGCUCUGGAUAGAUGUACCCCUUCUAUUGUGGAGAUGCUGUGUGUUGGAACAUAAAAAUACUAAUUGUCUAUGUUAAAAAGAAUAGACAGAAUUGAGUAAAAUAUUACAUGCUGCGUUUAUAUUUUUGUUUUUCACCAGAUUUGUUUUUAUCAGUGUUCUUAAAAUUGGCUGUUUUUCUGAUCUCUUAAAAUGAACUUUCUUAAACCUUCAGUUACUCCAAUAAUGUACUGUGUAUAUAUGUAGAUUUUAUUCAUGUUUGUUUUUAUAUGUUUUGUUGUUCAUAUUCAAUAAACUUCAUAUGUGACGUUUCUA